AUGAUACCAAGAGCCAAACCACCGUGUAAGUGUCCAGUGGUCCUUUUUGUCUGCUGCUUCAUGGUAAGCCUCAACGUCCAUCACGUGAUUUGUCGGAGUUUCCUAGCAGACGAUCAAAUACCUGGUCAUCAGACGCUGAGUCAUAUAAUUGACACCUGGCGUCAGUCAACACUUGACUCCAACAUUCAGUCAACAAUUGACUCCAACAUUCAGUCAACACUUGACUCCAACAUUCAGUCAACACAUGACUUCAACAUUCAGUCAACACUUGACUCCAACAUUCAGUCACCACAUGACUCCAACAUUCAGUCACCACUUGACUACAGCAAUUUGUCACCAGGUGUUAUGGCCAGUCCUUCACCUUGUAAUAUUGUUACAGACAAGGACGAAUUGAUCGUUGACUGUCAAGUUCGUUCUUUAACGCAAGUUAGCAGCUCAUGGUUUCCAGAAAAUACAACGUCUAUUUUAUUAGACAACAACAUGCUGACCUCUGUUCCUGUAAACUUGUACCUUUUACACCGUCUUAGACGUCUCAGCCUAUCUUACAAUCAAAUCGAAGAACUUGAUGUAGACACGUUCCGUGGGUUAGAACACUUAGAGUAUUUAAAUCUGGAUUCCAAUGGAUUAGAUCUAACAUCCAUUCCUAGCAAAACUUUCGACCGUUUUAAAAAUUUGGCUGUAUUGUCUAUACGACAGGAUGGAGAUUUAAGGUAUCGGAGACAUGAUGGUUAUGAGUUCCUCUCUGAUGUGAAAAAUUUAGAGUCUUUGACCAUAUCUUCGGUUGGUGAAAUUUUAUACUUCGGUGUGCAGUUCAACAAACUGGAAAAGUUGGCUGCAUUGCAAGUGACAGGGGGGUCAAAAAAAAUAACAAAUUUAAGUUUCGAAAAUUUGAGUCAGGUUAGAGUUCUUUACCUGAAAGAAUUUCAAUCACUGCAAUAUUUCAAUUCUUCAGCUUUCUGGCCACUGAUCAACCUUCAACACAUUUAUAUGCGCAGCGUGCAGGCACACCUUCAUCAAGUGCUUGAUUCCUUUCAAUGCUGGGUAAACCGAAGUAUGGAGUAUAUACUACUGGAAGAUAUUUGGGUAACACUAGGUGAGCAGUAUUCAAGCCUUCUUCCCGCAAAAGGAAUCCUAACACCCAACUCCACGAUAUAUUUGAGGCAAAUUUGUGUAACUCAUUUAGUUUUAAGAAGCUGUCGUAUAAUUAUAGUUCACCUUAACGCUCUGACAAGUGAUGCAUGGAACAAGUGCCUUAAGAGCAUUGACUUUACCGACAAUGCAAUCAUAGGCACUUUCAGCGUAUUCUUUCAGGUGGUUAAUAUGAGAAAUCUGGAGAAGUUUUUUUUUCGUGACAAUUUCAAAUUAAACUCUUUUCGUCGCGGCUUUUUAUCUGCACUAAGCAUAGCAUCCGAUAACUCGAGCAAACACAGUGGAUGUAAUACAGCACGAAUUAACGAAGCUCAAUCAAUUACACUUGAACAUGUGUUAGAAACUAAUAACUCAGACUUUAUAACAAGUAACAACUAUUUUCCCGAAGCAAACCAAGACCCUUUAUUUACAGACACCAGCAGUUAUGAAGUAGGAAAGACAACCACAAAAGCUCAAGUCAGCGAAUCUAUAUGGUAUAUUUCCUCUAAGCAACAAUUUCCUUAUAAAGUAGAACUAAUACGUCAAGCCAACGAGCUGAAUAUAUACGUCUCUAAAUCAAUGAAAUAUCUGUAUCUUUCAAGGCUUUUCAUGCUUUUCUUUGCUGAUUUUAAUGUUUCAUUUAUCGGCGGGGAAAAUAUAUUGCAUGUAGAUGUAUCUGACGGUGGGUUGACGGAGUUUACCGGGCGAAUCAGAGGCUUGACGGGACUCAGGACACUCCUACUUUCUGGCAACGACCUGUCUCAACUGAACCCACAAUUUUUUGACACGAUACCCAGCUUGCAGGCUCUCGACUUAUCGGGGUGUAGUUUAAACAGCGAGUAUAUGUCAUCUUACAGCGAGCGUCUGUUUCUCAACUUACAAAAUUUGCAGCAAUUAGAUAUGUCGUACAAUUUUUUAAACUCGUUAAGUUCUCGUACCUUCAGCUCUAAUCCAAAACUCUUUGAGAUUCGCCUGUCUGGAAACAGGUUUAGAGCGAUUCCAUUUGACUUAACAAACACGCCACGUUUAAAAUGGCUGGACUUGACCUCUAAUGCAUUGAUAUCGAUUUCAGCCAAAGAUAGAAGGGAGUUGGACGCGUUGGCUGCUGGGAAUGGAGGGUUGAGGCUGUUUCUAGGUGGAAAUGUGUUAUUUUGUGGGUGCACGAGCGUCCAGUUUUUACACUGGCUUCAGAUGACCACGGUGGAACUAGACAUGACCAGGAACUACUCCUGUAUUGACAACGACGGAGUUAUAACAAACACGGCAGUUUUAUCAGAUCUAGAGGCUUACUGGCGUGAAUGCUGGGGGAAAAUUUUCCUCUCUUAUUCUCUGAUUUUAUUUUGUUUACUUGUCAUUGGAUUUGUGUUGAGUUUUUUUGUUACCAAGUAUAAAACGUACAUCAUUUCUGGGCUGCUGAAUUUGUUUAGUGAAACCUUUCUAAAGAAACCUUCCAACUACGAGAUUGGUGUCUUCAUUGGUUAUGCUGAUAGAGAUUACCAGUUCGCUUGUCAUGACCUCAGGCAGUUUAUCGAGGACACGCUGGGGUUAACGACCUUUAUUAGAGACCGUGACCUCUCACCUUCAACCGACCUCGCGUCUGGGAUUAUCGAUGCCAUAAAUAGAAGUUGGCGCGUGCUUCUGGUCGUGAACGAAACUUUUCUCUCGAAAGACGAUUGGUUCCUCUACACAUGCAGGUCAGCCAUAUCCAACCUGACGCCAGCUAAUCCUAAUCUCAUUGUGAUUAUGGUUGACAGCCAGUUACGUCAUCGUUUACCACGUGACAUCCUUGGGGCGGUGUCUGAGGAAAACAUCAUCGUCAUGAACGAGGGGAGGAGACUCAAGUAUGACGUCGAGGAGAAGCUGAGAACUCGAUUACUAGCCUAA